AUGGAAAAACAUCUCGUAAUGUAUUUAACCAGAAAAUUGAUUAUGCUCCUGCGGAAGUAUCUACUCGUUACGGAAUCUCAGGUGUCAAAGUGUGGAUUUCUUAUAGUAAAAAGAAAGGGGGACGUGCUAUAUCCGAAACGUACGAAAUAUAGUAAAUAUCGUAAAGGCAGAUGUAGUAGGAGUUGCAAAACGGACGGUACACAACUUGGUUUUGGAAGAUAUGGCACUAAAAGUUGUAAAGCUGGUCGUCUUUCAUAUCGAGCCAUUGAAGCAGCGCGUCGUGCUAUAAUCGGACAAUUCCAUCGCAUGAUAAUGACCGAGAAAUCACACGUAAUUAUUCAGAUAUUUCAUUUAAUCACAAUUCAGGAAUACGAAAUAUCAUCAAAUAUAAUAUCCUAA